UAUAAUUACACUGUGCCAAUCAGUCGCAAUUAGUCCGCCACGCAGCUAUGUCAGUUACUAUUUUAACACUACUAGCGACCACGAUAAUAUGCUGUACAACGGCCGCUCGCAUCCUCGGUGUGUUUCCGCACCCGGGCUUAAGUCAUCACCUAGUGUUCUUGCCGUACCUAAAGGAAUUGGCGAGUCGAGGGCACCGUCUCCACGUGAUCAGUCACUUCGAGUCCUCGCAUGCCGACAUCGUCGACAUGUUAAUCAAAGGUGCCAAGUUCAAUAACAACUUCACUGCUCCGGACACGUCGACUUUCAGUUUAAAAGGAAAAUGGGAAGAGGUGUUCGUCCUGCACGAAUUCGCACGAGGUACAGAAAACCUGUUCGGUGUACGCGAAGUCAGAGAGCUGUUGAACAACGGCAGCGUCGAGUUCGAUUUAAUCAUAACUGAGCAUUUCAAUAGCGAGCUUUCGUUGGGGUUUGUCGCCAAGUUCAACGUGCCGUUCGUGUUGCUUAGCAGCUGUGCCCUGUUACCGUGGACAGAGUCCGUUAUCGGGCAACCACACCAAAUAUCGUACAGGCCCUCGGCUUCAAGCGGUCUAUCGCAACGCAUGAGCUAUGUCGAGCGACUGAACAACGCUUUGAUUGCACACGGCUGGGACAUGGUGUUCCACGCAAUCCACCGACCUUGGAGCCGUCGUGUAAUAAAAGAGAACUUAGGGCUAGACGUGAACUUGGACUUACUGGCGACUAAUGCGAGCUUAGUGUUGGCUAAUACUCAUUUUUCAAUUAACGGGCCGUCGGCUACUGUACCCCAGCUGGUGGAAGUUGGCGGAAUUCAUAUAAAUCCUCCGAAGGACUUACCACAAGAUAUACAAACGUUUAUUGACGAAUCAGAACACGGAGUCAUUUAUUUCUGCAUGGGUAGUUUACUAAGAGGUGAAACUUUUCCGGCUGAAAAAAGAAAAAAGUUCUUGGACGUAUUCGAAAAAAUUCCUCAGAGAGUAUUAUGGAAAUGGGAAGGCGAAGAAUUGCCCGGGAGAACAUCAAACAUAAUGAUACGCAAAUGGAUGCCUCAGAGAGACAUUCUAGCUCAUCCGAACGUCAAACUGUUUAUCUCCCACGGCGGCUUGUUGGGUUUAAUGGAAGCUGUACAUGAAGGUGUACCUACGCUAGCAAUGCCAAUUUUUGGAGAUCAAAUGACCAACGUAAAAGCAAUUAAGCAUGCAGGCGCGGGAGAUAUAUUGGACUAUAGUAAUUUAAAGGAAAACGAAAUAUUUAUCAAAGUUAAAGACAUGCUUACCAAUCCCAUCUACACACAAAAAGUAAAAAUGGUAUCGGAAGUGUUUCGCGACCGACCCAUCUCCCCAAUGGAAACUGCUAUUUACUGGACGGAAUAUGUUAUUAGACAUAAAGGCGCACCACAUCUCCAGUCUGCAGCAGUCGGUAUGCCGUGGUACCAAUAUUACAUGAUUGAUAUAAUUUCUACGCUUUUGAUUUGCAUAGUUGCUAUUAUUUUGUUGUUGCGUUAUUUUAUUUCAAAAAUCUUAAGUCUGUUGCGACCAUCUAAAAAACUAAAAACAAACUGAGUAAUAUUGUAAAACGAUGAUAAUAUAAUGACCUAUAAUGAUAA